CAGAUAUAUACGUCCACUGUGGGCUGAUGCAAUGAAUGCAAUACUGAAGUUAGUGAGAGAAGCAUCACAUCAGUGACGGAAAACCCGACAGAGAAACGGUUCACGUCGCCCAGAAAAACGCAUUGUUUGCCUAAUAUCUGAAUCGUAUUAUAGUCCAAAGGUAACGGAGUAAGUUAUGCCAGUCUUCAGAGCCCUUAGUAACGUAGCAAAGCAGGCCCUGCUGGCCCCUGCGUGUGGAUGUCAGCCUCUGACUGUAGCGAUCCGCAACAUCAGCUUCUCCCCGCGUCAGGUCACCUCUGGAUCUGACGCCAGCUUUCAUUCUGUGUCCUUCUCUGAAACGGACCACCCUAAAGUUCUCAUCACAGGUGGUCUUGGGCAACUAGGUGUUGGGCUUGCUAAACUGUUAAGGAAGCGAUUUGGAAAAAACAAUGUGAUCCUCUCGGAUAUCAGGAAACCACCCAGCAACGUCUUUCACAGUGGCCCCUUUAUCUACUCUGAUAUUUUGGACUACAAGAACUUGCGGGAGAUUGUAGUAAACAAUAGAAUCACCUGGUUAGUGCAUUACAGUGCUCUUCUAAGUGCUGUUGGGGAAGCUAACGUGGCACUGGCACGAGCAGUCAAUAUCACUGGACUACACAACAUCCUAGACAUUGCAGCAGAACAUGGGCUUCGGCUCUUUGUGCCCAGUACAAUUGGUGCCUUCGGACCAACUUCACCUCGAAACCCCACUCCUGACCUCUGUGUGCAGAGACCACGCACUAUAUAUGGCGUCUCUAAAGUCCAUGCAGAGCUCAUGGGGGAGUACUACCACCAUCGAUAUGGCCUUGACUUCCGCUGUCUGCGGUACCCUGGCAUCAUCUCUGCAGAUUCACAGCCCGGCGGUGGCACGACAGACUACGCUGUGCAGAUUUUCCACGACGCCGUCAAGACCGGAAAGUUUGAGUGCAACUUGAAGCCAGACACACGGCUGCCCAUGAUGUACAUUGAUGACUGUUUGCGGGCCACGCUGGAGGUGAUGGAGGCACCGGUGGAAUCGCUCAGUAUGCGAACCUACAACAUCAACGCCAUGAGCUUCACACCGGAGGAACUUGCAAAUGAGGUCCAGAAACAGCUGCCUGAUCUUCAGGUCACAUAUGAGAUCGACUCCGUACGACAGGCUAUAGCUGACAGUUGGCCCAUGAACUUUGAUGACUGCAACGCCCGGAAAGACUGGGGCUGGAAGCACGACUAUGAUCUGCCAGAGUUGGUCCAGACAAUGCUUGACUUCAUCGGCUCAGACUCCCGCAUCUCCCAGGCCAACUGAGUCUUCCCAUGAACACUGAAAAUAUGUACAUUUCAUAAAGAUUUAUAGUGAUGCAAAAGAGAGAUCCGCGGUCUGUAAAUAGUCAUAUUCCUUUUCUCUUUUGUGUCAUCUGCAUUUCCUUUUUGACUUGCACGGACUAUGUAUAAUUGUAUAUUAUACAAAGAGGUCGGUCUCUUUUCAGGUCAGGGUGGAAAACAGUCGGAGAUUUACAAGUGUUUGGAAGCUAAAUGAAGAGGAAUAAGUUUAAACCUGACGUCAAGACCGGCUUGUGCUUUGCAUUUAGUGAAAAAGGAUCACUAUGUCUCCAGGAGAAACAAACCAACUGAACCAACUGAAUGAAUGUGGCUGAUCCUAAAAUGUAGUUUCCCCAAAUUCUAGUCUCUUUCUGAAAUUCUAUAUUUUUUCCUUUUAUUUAAGAUAUAUAAUUUUACUGUACCUUUUGUAGAAAAUCAUAAUAUGAGGCAAAGGCAGGUGGCUGAGUUCAGACUAAUAUGAAUGAAAGAUUUGGAAUAGUUACAGCAACAGCAGCUUCACCCCUUUCUAAAAUAAACAGCAGAGUCCGGUUUGAACAGGGUGGGACUCAGAUGGAGGUCCUCAGGGAAAGUGAGGGCUGUUAUGAUAAAUGACGUUAUCAUAUCCCUCUCGGUUGCUUUUCCUGUCUUGUGCACUAUAUUUAUUUAGACAGCUUACAAAUUAAAUGCAAGAUUUGGUCUUGCUUCACAUGUUUGCUGUAAAUUUUAAUAAGGUCUCUUUUGUUAAAUGCUUUUUCUAUCAUUUUAUUGCCAUAACCCAUGGAUGUUUUCCCAUGGAAUAUAUUAUCUCAUAUGAAGGGGAGAGUGGGAAACCGAUUUAAAUUAUUUUUAGUUAAGCUUUACAUCCACAUCUUUUUGAUCACAAAACUUGUCAAUAAAGCUUUUUUAUCUUUAA